AUGCCGAGCAAGCUAAAGAAGGCGAUCGGGGCCGUGAAGGACCAGACGAGCAUCAGCCUUGCCAAGGUUGGGAGCAACAAUGCGGCCUCAAACCUUGAGGUGGCGAUCCUCAAGGCAACGUCCCAUGAUGAGGCUCCAAUGGACGAGCGCUACGUCACCGAAAUCCUCCAGCUGGUCGCGUCCAACAAGGUCUAUGCCGCUACCUGCGCCCAGGUGAUCUCGAGGCGGGUUGGGAAGACCAAGAAUUGGACUGUGGCUCUCAAGUCCCUCAUGCUUGUGCUUCGGAUCUUCCAGGAUGGUGAUCCGUACUUCCCCCGGGAGGUCCUCCACACGAUGAAGAGGGGAGGUCGGAUCCUCAACCUGUCGACCUUCCGGGACCGCUCAAAGACCACGAAUCCUUGGGAUUAUACUGCCUAUGUUCGGACAUUCGCUCUCUACCUCGAAGAGCGAUUGGAUUGUUUCCUCAUGGGGAAGCUCCAACGUCGAGUUGCAUCCCGCAAGAGGGAUAGCGGGGAGCUCCUCAACCGGAAGGGCAACGAGCCAAUCAUUGGGGACAUGAAACCUGCGAUGCUCCUGGACAGGAUCUCGUACUGGCAGCCGUUGCUGGACCGUGCCAUCGCCACGAGGCCCACCGGGGCCGCCAAGACAAACGGGCUGGUCCAAAUCUCGCUCCAUGCGAUCGUGCAGGAGAGCUUCGAUCUUUACCGGGAUACGUCAGAUGGGCUAGCCCUCCUCCUGGACAGCUUCUUCCAUCUCCAGUACCAGUCAUGCGUUAAUGCAUUCCAAACGUGCGUGAAGGCCUCGCAGCAGUUUGAGGAGCUCUCAGAGUACUAUGCUCUGUGCAAGAGCAUGGGCGUAGGGAGGACAUCGGAGUAUCCGAGUGUGCAAAAGAUAUCCGAGGAGCUCGUCGAGACACUCCGCGAAUUUCUCAAGGACCAGUCCGCAUUUCCGAACAAUGGGAGGUCCCCCUCCCCCCACAUGCUCCUCCCAUCCCCUCCCCUCUCCAAGGACCUGAGACUCAAGUCGGAGCAAUUCGGGUCGGAGCGAAUGGAGAGGUUCUCUGAGAAGGGCUCGGAGCCCGGGUCGCAAUGCGCAUCGCUGGAGGAUCUCUUCAGCGUGACAGAUGGGUCGACGAGUCCAAGCCCGAGCCCGAGCCUCAGCCUGAGCCCGAGCCGGAGCCCAUCCACCUUGAUUAAUGAGCAAGAACAACCCAGUGAGGAGAUGUUUGAUAAGCAAAGCCAACAGAACGACGGGGAUAACUUCUCCAGCCAUUCAAGCUCACUUCAUCAAGGGACGGAUCCAACCCUGGACUUUGUAUUGUUUGAUGAGUGGCCAUCGGCUGAACUAAAUCGACAUCAGUACAGACAACAGGGUCCGGGGCCGAGCUCUGUGGAGGCGCCAACGGAAUGCUGGGAGCUAGCGCUAGCAGAAAUAGUGAACCAGGCCCAACCCAACGCCCCCAUUUCCGGUAGCCUCGUGUCGACCUCAGGUGUCGAUAAUCUCUUUGAUAAUGAAAAAGCCCCAGUUGCUCAUCCUCGGAACAAUCCGUUCCUGGACGAUGAAAUGCCCGCAUCAACAGGCUUAGAAUUAGUUUCGAUUCCAUCCAUAACAGCGACUUCAACAAGCCAACAGUCAUUCUUCCAAUCGGAAGAUAUAUUCUCGGUGGCUCCAUCUUUCCAGGCAAUGUCAAUAACACCCACAUUCAACUCGCAGAACCUGCACGAGGAUCCGCCCCCAACUUUCCGUGCAACGUCAAUAACACCCACAUUCAACGUGCAAAGCCCAAUGGAGGACCAGAACGAUCCGUUCUCGUCGAAUUUCAACCCAACAGCUGUCAAGCAAACAACGAGCAUGUUCGAUGCAUCUACCAAUCACCAGAACUUGCAGCUGGAGCAGCAGUUAUGGUUGCAGCAGCAAAACAAGAUCAUUUCAAAACAUAUGGCAUGA